AUGGACGCGCCGAAAGAUUCAUUUGGACACCAAUCGUCCAACUGGCCUCAGGUGGUCGGCAUCUUUAAUCAGGUGCUCGAUGUUCUCUACUGCCUCUUCCCGAAUCUGCCAUUGCCACACCCGCUUGUACGCGACUUAGAACCUGCCAUCCUCGGACUCGCCGAGGCCCUAGCAACCGUGGCGCCGGCCGCAUCUGCCCCCAUCUCGGCUAUCCAAUGUACAGCCAGCCUCUUGGCUAAUGAGGGCGCUGUGGACCGUCUGACCGGUAGGCUCAAGCAAUUGGGCGAUCGGUUGCCUGUGAACCGGCCGGCAGCCUCUGAGCCACACUUGCAGGUACAUCCGGAUGCCCUUCUGGCGUUGGCGCCACGUCCUGCGCCCUCGACGGCCUGGAACGUUGCCGGCGGCUUCGUGGCGGCGGAAGGCCUCAGACUCCUUUCAGUUCAUCGGAUAGACCCGAACCAACCAGACCUUCUCGAGGCGUAUCGAGCCCUCUUGCUUACCGGCCUCAUUCAAUCCGGCCUCUUCGAGCGUUGCCGAGCUCACUUGUAUUGUGAACUUAUUUUGUGA